CCUCCAUUGACAAUUCUUGACCCUCCGCCCUUUUCUGCACCUCUUGCAGAUACCACCGACUGCGUGGAGUGUUCGUAUCGAUUGAUUCUUCUUCCUGUCGCCUUCUCCUGCGACAGGCCAUUGUAUCUAAUCUCUUUGCGUUUCCUCGCUUUCUCCAUCAACCUUUCUUAACCCGUUCGCUGUCUCGGGCUCACGGCCCCGUCAACAAUUCCUCCACUUACCUGUACCUGAGUGUGUUACCCCACAGAUCGGUAUCUCUCCGAUUCGCUCUGUUGCCCUCCAGUUAUCCUUCAGCUCCAGCCUGUCUCAACGCCUGCUGCUACUCACCUCUCCAAAAACUUCAACUACUCCAACCAUGCUGUCGCGACGUCUAGUCUCGAGCUCUCGCUCUUUGGGUUCUUCAAACUUUGCUCUUCGCUCGUUCAGCACCGCCAUACCGAACCAACAACCUAAAAGAGCGCCAGCUUUGGCAGACAUUACCCCAGAUGACGCCCCAAAAUUCGAGUCGCGACAGGCCAUCUUUCGGGAGAUGCUCGCAGCAGCAAAGAAGAAGAAGCAGGAAGAAGCAAAAGCAACACAGGUCGUUGGCCCGGGGCCAGUAGAAGCUGCGAAGCGGAAAGGAGGAGCCUUUUCAUCCCUCAUCUACGGUACCAAGGAAGGACAACAGCUGGAUAAGGAGAUUGAAACAUCAUUUUCGCAGGCAUUGGCGAGAGGAAAAUACGUUCAUUCAAUCGUCUUUCAUGAUGUGAAACCGGACAAAGUCGAUGAAUAUGUUGAAUUGGUGGGCGGCUGGUAUCCUCGCAUGGCGUCCAUGCCGGAAAACAGAGUCAACCUCGUUGGCUCAUGGCGAACAGAGGUGGGCGACUGUGACACUUUUGUUCACAUUUGGGAAUAUCAAAAGUACCAAGGUUACCAUGCCUCGCUCCACUCCAUUGCCUCACACCCAGAGUUCCCUGCCUUCGACAAGAAGCUCAAGUCACUCAUCACAUCCAAGAAGACAUCUCUGAUGCAAGAAUUCUCGUUCUGGCCGACCACACCGCCUCGGCAGCUUGGAGGAGUAUUUGAACUACGGUCGUACACGCUCCAUCCCGGGAACCUCUUGGAAUGGGAGACCCACUGGAGGCGCGGUCUCAAGGCACGCCGUGAGGUCAUGGAAGGAGUAGGUGCAUGGUUCUGCCAAAUUGGCGACCUCAAUACCGUUCAUCAUCUGUGGCAAUUUGCGGAUCUGGAGGAACGAAAAGUGCGACGAGAGCAGAGCUGGGGCAUUGAAGGAUGGGGAGAGACUGUGCACAAGACCGUUCCCUUGAUCCAGUCGAUGAAGAGCCGGAUUUUGAUCCCUAUGCCUUGGUCACCAGUGGCUUAAAGGAGAAAGCUGCAAAGUUUGUUUUGUCUUGUGGGUUUAUUGCCUGCAGUUCUGAUGAUUUGUUCCAGCUUCGAAGCUUGCAAUUUCAUUGAUUUGGGUUUCCAAUUAGGGUACGAUGGAAAUUUCUCGGAAGGAAAUAGGUUGCAUACUGCUAUUUCACAAUGUUUAUUUGAAUGAAACCGAUUAUAUCGGACUUUUUCUUAUUAUUUUUUCCCCCCUGUAGAAGAGUGAGCGAUAGCUACAACAAUAUUAUGAUUGGAGC